AGGUAGUAACCGAUCCACAGCACAACGGAGGCACAGUUCCCUGACGGCCGCCGCGGAUACCUGACGUGACACAAGCGACGACCAGCUCGAGAAGUCUUCUGCCUGGCCACCAUGAGCAAGCAGCUGUUGAGCGGACACGAGGUGGAGGAACUCACCAAGGAGGAGCAGAAGGCGAUUGGCUUCAAUAAUUUCGUACACGGAAUAGUCCGCCUCAAGCCCGAGGGAUGGGUGUACCCCGGCACGGCGCCCACCUUCCUUGACAGGAUAUACAACAUGGAGUUCCGACCUGACGACGUCCUGAUCACGACCUUCCCCAAGUCCGGCACCUCUUGGAUGCAGGAGAUCAUCUGGACGAUGGUGCACAACCCCAAGCUGGACAACCCCAAGGCACAGGAAUCACUGUGGCUGCGCUCGCCGGAAAUCAGCCUGGACAUGAUGUUUGAUCCGAAGACAUUAGGCGGCAAGGCGCCGGAAUCCUACCAAAAAAAGUUUAGGGAACGGUGUCCGGGCAAGAACGAGAAGGAAGGUGUAACCCUCCACCUGGCAGACGCAGAGCCCAGUCCCCGCAUCCUGAAGAGCCACUACCCGUUCACCCUCAUGCCCAAGGACGUCCUCGACAGAGUAAAGGUUGUGUACGUGACCCGGAACCCCAAGGACAUGGCUAUCUCGCUGUUCAACAACUUCAAAAUGUUUAAAGUGUUCGAGUUCGAGAGCGAAAAGGAGGAGUAUUUCAAAGACAUCAUGACCUUUCAGCUCUUUAUUGUUCUCUACUGGCCCCACGUGAAGGAGGCGUGGGGGAAGAGGCACCACCCUAACCUGCUCUUCCUCUUCUACGAGGAUAUGAAGGCCGACAUCAUGAAAGAGCUGGGAAGGAUCAACGAGUUCCUGGGAACAGGGCUGAGCCAGGAGUCCCUCGAGAAUGUGGCGCGACACACCUCCUUCUCGGCCAUGAAGUCCCGAGGAGAGCCAAUCACAGACCAAGUGUUCGACAAGAAAGAUGACAACGAAGUCAGAUUCUUCCGAAAGGGUGAGCAUUGCCGUAGACAUUCCCCGGCCAUCUCUGUUCCCUUGCACGACGGUGACUGGAAGAACCACUUCUCGCCGGAGAUGCAGAAGGAGUUUGACCAAUGGAUUAAGAAAACCUGGCCGGCAGCGACCUGA